AUGUAUCAAACAUCCGACACAGAUCAGCAAGUCAAUUCAUCAUCUAUCAUCAGCCAGAUUCUUUCAACACCUACUACACUCAGUCAAUUCCUAACAAUACAGGCGAUGCAUUUUUCAGCGCUCCUCCCUCUCCUCGCGGCGAUUGCGAAUGCUUCGCCACUAGCAUCUUCAGAUGUACUGGUGACUGACGAGCAACGUCAAGCCAUGAAAGAUGGUUCCCUCGGAUACACCGAAGUCUCGUUCGAAAAGAACUUCUCAGAAGGAGAACGUGUCGUGGCUUUCAACAAGGAUGGAGCCGCUGCUGAUGGCUUGUCUGCGCGUCAGAAUGAUAAUCCUUCAAAUGAACCUGUAAAACAUACCGCAGCCUCGGGUGGCAUAUACGGCGUCUGGGAUUGCCCCAACGUCAUCAACAUCCAACGCUCGGUCGUUGUCAGAGUCGGCACUAGGGAAAAUGAUCAAGGGAAUGGGGCCACCGAGGCGGAAUGGACAUCAAUCAAGAACGCUGAUUCCUUCAGACCCUCAGCCAACAUCAAUGUCAACAACAACAGUGGCGGGGUUUCGAACAUUGCGGUCCAUCAAUUCUGCCUCCAGGUCGAUUCUCCCGAAAUUGCAAUCAAGUGUUCCUACCACAUGGAGGUCCCCUUUGCGGCAACUUUCCACCGAGGGACUACGAACCUGCUCACUUUUGAAGGGAAUGCUCCGACGUUGAGGGAAAUAUGCGCACCUUUCAACACUUGCCCGUACUGGGCGAGUCUUGCAAAUCUGCCAGCUGAGAAGCUGGGGACGUGUCAGCACCGGUUAGGAAGAGGUUGGGGCGGUGCACGUACACCUGGCGCUGUCUUUCCCUACUUCCUGUCUCUCCGCAUCAUCUAUCUGUCCCUACCGUCUAUCGCGUCUGACAAAGAGGUAUUUUUCUCCUCAAAGCAAAGCCCUAAAAAACUUCGCUUCGCAGUAAAUGUUCAUAAUUCCAUGUUUAUCACUUCCAAACUAUGCCUUCGCACGAUCGUCUAUGUAUUGUUCUUGACAGUAGAGUGA